GGUUACAUUAAACGUGGCGGUGGCGAGUCUAUCAUAAGUUAGGUUAUAUCGUAUGCAUCAAAAUCAUACAAUUAUUUAUAAGCUAGUUUUUUAAGGAAAAAACACUUAAAUUUAGUGAAUUUGCAGUGCGAAAUCUUUAAAAAACCACAGACGAACACUUGGCACAAACGAAAGUUACGUGUAAACGUCGUGGCUUUUGUUUAAUUGUUUUGAAGAACAAGAACUUUGGCAACGUUGAAACCAAGCUUAAAUAUAUAACCAACCACUAAAAUAAUAGCAACAUCAAAAAAGUGUAAAAAAUUUUUAGAGUGCUCCCCCAAAAAAAAAACCAUUGAAGACACAUAAUUUCUUUGCACCCCGUGUUACCAAAAAAGCGGCAAGAUUACGUCAAUUAUUGAAAACCUACCCGGCGCUAUAGCUCACAACCAUAACCAAAAUAACAUCAUGGAGGAAGACGAAAGGGGCAAACUGUUUGUGGGCGGCCUAUCCUGGGAGACGACGCAGGAGAAUCUGUCGCGCUAUUUCUGCCGCUUCGGAGACAUCAUCGACUGUGUGGUGAUGAAGAACAAUGAGAGCGGAAGGUCACGCGGCUUCGGCUUUGUAACCUUUGCCGAUCCCACCAACGUCAACCACGUGCUGCAGAAUGGUCCGCACACGCUGGACGGACGCACGAUCGAUCCGAAGCCGUGCAAUCCGCGCACUCUGCAGAAGCCGAAGAAGGGCGGCGGCUACAAGGUCUUCCUGGGUGGCCUGCCAUCGAACGUCACCGAGACGGAUCUGCGUACUUUCUUUGGUCGAUAUGGCAAGGUCACCGAGGUGGUGAUCAUGUACGACCAGGAGAAAAAGAAGUCCCGCGGAUUUGGCUUCCUCUCUUUCGAGGAAGAGUCGUCGGUGGAGCACGUUACUAACGAGCGCUACAUCAAUCUGAAUGGCAAGCAGGUCGAGAUCAAGAAGGCCGAGCCUCGUGAUGGAUCUGGUGGCCAGAACUCCAACAAUAGCACCGUUGGCGGCGCCUAUGGCAAGCUUGGCAACGAGUGCAGCCACUGGGGACCUCAUCAUGCUCCGAUCAACAUGAUGCAGGGCCAAAAUGGUCAGAUGGGUGGACCUCCACUAAACAUGCCCAUCGGAGCGCCGAACAUGAUGCCUGGUUACCAGGGCUGGGGUACAUCUCCGCAGCAGCAGCAGUAUGGAUAUGGAAAUAGCGGCCCGGGAUCGUACCAAGGAUGGGGAGCACCCCCAGGCCCCCAGGGACCUCCGCCGCAAUGGUCUAACUACGCUGGACCACAGCAGACGCAGGGUUAUGGCGGUUACGACAUGUACAACUCUACUUCAACUGGAGCUCCUUCGGGACCAUCAGGCGGCGGUAGCUGGAAUACGUGGAACAUGCCGCCCAACUCGGCCGGCCCGACUGGAGCCCCUGGAGCUGGAGCAGGCACUGCCACGGACAUGUAUUCGCGAGCUCAGACCUGGGCAGCGGGCGGUCCAUCAACCACCGGGCCAGUAGGUGGCAUGCCUCGCACCGGACCGGGAAACUCGGCUUCGAAGUCGGGAUCUGAAUACGAUUACGGCGGCUAUGGGUCCGGUUACGACUACGACUACAGCAACUACGUGAAGCAGGAAGGAGCCUCUAACUACGCAGCUGGACCGAGGUCGGCGUAUGGCAACGACAGCUCCACGCAGCCACCCUAUGCAGCCUCGCAGGCUGUCUAAAGCGGAAGCUUUUAGAUCAUUCUGUGGAGUAUAAGGAUAAGGAGGAGUAGGAGUAGGAGUUGUAGGAGUAGCAGAGCCGUCGGUAUUGUCCUCGUCGGUGAAUGAUGAAGAAAAAAAAGAUGGUGGUAAUUGUAAGCUAAAGCGUCGUCUGUUCGUUUUUAUUUCAGAUCAGAUCAGUUGUUGAAAUUAAUAUUUAAAACUCUUGUACAACUAUAAUUUAAAGCGAAACAAAUUUAACACAAGAAUACCUAGAGACAAGUCAGAUUCAUAGAUAUACAUGUAUGUUCUAUAGAAAUGAGUAUGUAAUUUAUAGGAAAAACAUCAGAACACCCAUUCAGACGAGAACAUUAUUUCUUUCAUGCGCCUCACUUAAAAAACUCACGAUCAUUUUCCUGUAUCCCAUAUAUAUAUAUAUAUAAACAAAAAUUGAAACAAACAAACACCUACAAACCAAUCAGCCAGAAUCAACUAACAAGAACUACCCAACCAACUAAAACCCGUAGAUACAUACGAUACAUGGCAUUAACAAAAAAAAAACAAAUAGAAAUGUGAAGAAUUAAAAGUAAUGAUUUACAAGUAUAAAGUUUAGCUAAUUAGACACAAGAUCAAGAUGAAAGAGUGCGAAAUACCAACACAAAGAAAAUAAGAACUUAUAAUUUUAUUUAAAAAGUAAAAAGUAAACGAGUAAAGGUCCCCUUAAUUACUAAAAUUAGUAAAUACAAAUUCGAAAUUGUACAUUUUAAAGCAAAAACACGUCGGCCAUCGCUUCGCCUCUCUGGCCUCCUAUUCUAGAUCGUGUGUUGCAUUAUCUAUCGGCGGUAACCUGGCGACAAGGUUAAGCGGAAAUUCGAAAAGGAAUCAAUAAUACCAUAGAUAAUGAUACCGAGAACUCUAUGCUUGCCUUAGCCUCAGUGACUCAUUGGCCGUGCUAUGGUUAAUUAUGACGGCAAUUUCUUCCUCAGGAAUAUAUUGCGAUUUUAUGGCACUCUGUUGAUUUAAGCCAUUACUAAUUGACUCAUUGGCCAGUAAGUCAUGCAUUUCACGGUCGGAUAAAUGAGGGGGAGAAUGAGCAGGAUUGGGGCGGGACCGACAUGGGAAAGAUACGUUACAAAAUUAAAAAUUUACCAUUAAAGUAAACAAAACAAAACUAGCUAAAAGUUAAACUACAUAUAUAAAGAAACCUAAUUAAUAAGCGUAUGUCGUCGUUUACAUCUAAGCGAAAGUUGAACUUGAACUAGAAUUAUAUAGUGCGUUGGAUUUAUUAUUUAGUUAAAGCGAGGUGAAGAGUAACAUGAAGAAGCCAAGCAGCAGCAGCAUGAUAAAGAUUGAUUA